AUGGAAAACUCGAGCAACAGACAUAACGAGAAUAUGGGUGUAAGCAGAAUAGGGAAGACAAUCAAAAAGAAUUCAUCGCAGCAAACAAUUGAGUUCAGUGGCAGACAUCAUUACCCGCAGACGAAAAUUCAUCACAUUCACAGAGAUGAUUUCAAGAGUUUUGUUAUGCGGACUACCGGAAGAGAAUCAAAAGGGCCUACUAGAACUCAAUCUGAGUUUACUAGGUUGCAGCAAAACAGGCCUCCUCCGUUGGCCAAUGUGCGGCCAAUUGUUCAGUUUCCGAUGCACCCACCACCACCGCGAGUGCCUUACAUUAAUGGACUGGCUGUCCCUCCUUUGCAGCCUAUUAGUGGUCCUUCCAUUUACGAUAAUUCAUGGAACAAUUUCGUCGAGUCUCCAAUCUCAGCUUUCAUGAGAAAGUUUCAAGAAUCGGAGAACUACUACGGUGGUGUUGGCGGUGCUUCAAGAGGUAAUCAAUUCCAACCAUACCCUCCUCCUCCUCCGCAACAAGAAAUGAUCAACAAUGUUAAUGUUAAUGUUCAAUUUCAACCGCAGUAUUUUCCAAUCCAAACUCAAAUGGUUAACAAUGGCAACCUAUCAUCUGCUAGUGCUAGCAACCAAACUUUUCCGAAUCUUAACUCUUCCGUGUCUAUGAAUAUUGCUAGCAACCAUCCUUUUCCUAUGAACAAUGCCAACCAAUUUCUGAAUAAUUUUCCUCCGUCACAAGCAAAUUACUCUAUGUGGCCGACUUCUGAAAACUUGUUGGCUUCACCAACACAAAAAGUGAAUGUCCUAUCCCCUCAGUCACCUUAUAGGCCUCUUCUGUCACCAAGCAUUUUCUCUUCGCCUUCUUCGCCGGAUUACCCUUUCGAACCAUAUUUACCUAAUGAGAUUUUAAGUCCCGACCCUCCGUCUCCACUUUCUGCAGGCGUAUUUCCUUUCACAAGCCCUAGGGGGCCAGAUGAUCAUGAAUAG